AUGGCUGCCAAUAAUCACGAGGUUAUCCCGAAAGCUGUGAAUGAUGUUGAAUUUCCGUUGGAAAAUUUUGCCGAUGAAGAUGAUGCGGGUCAAGGUACUGUGGGUAUGCCGAAGUCUGGGUUGUGUGAGGACGCUUUUGGCAUGGGGUCUCGUAUUGAGGUUCUCUAUGAAGGUAAGCAGCCCAGCACCGUGGCGCAUGUUGAAAAUGGGCCCAGCCUUCCUUUGGAACCAAUUAUAUUUGAGGAGCUUAAUGAAGAAGUUGAUGAAGAAUUGGCCCAUGAUGGGUGUGUCCAUGCCCAGUACGGUAGUGACCCAGAUUGUGCGGACGUUGAACGUGAGAAAAAUUGCAUUGAUGGUUUUAUUUGCUCUGACUCUGAUUCAGACGGGGUCUUUGAACAUUUAUCUAAGGAAAAUCUUGUGGUCUCAGACUCGGAUUUUCAGUCAGAAAUGACUCUAAGCGUAGAGGUGGUAGGCCGAGGUUGGCACUGGCGAUGGAGGAGUUUAAUGGUUGGGUGGGCGCUUGUGGGCUCCUUGAUAUGCCUUUCCGUGGAAAUUCUUUAUCUUGGUGUAAUGGUCAUUCUGGAAGUUCCAGGCAUUGGGCGCGUCUUGAUCGUUGUUUUUUUAAUACAGCGGCCCUUGAUACUUUCCUUGAUGCUACUAUGGAAUACUUGGCACGUACCUCUUCUGAUCAUGCGCCGAUGA